AUCGCGGCGGAGAAGAAGAUGGUGUGGAUAAGGGAGAGCUGGAGUGGGACAGCACGAGGUUGAUGGAAACGGUGCUGCUGAUGAUGGCGACGACAACGACGAUGACGAUGAAAAUGGCGAGUUUUCGUCUCCUGCAUGAACUUCGUUACUGAUACGGAAAGACGAGGAGCCGAAGAAAUUCAACUGGACUCCGCGCCAGCAGGGGGGCGGAAUCAGAGAGAGACUGGUCUCGUUUACAGAGAAAAGAGAGUUUACUGACAUUUACUGCACAUAUUUACACGGUUUAUAGCAACGUUUACCUCGAACUCUUCGAGGAAGAGGAGGAGAAGGAGGAAGCGCGCAGGAUGGACAAGGAGAUCGACUCGAGUGAGUCCAGCAGCCAGGAAGAGGAGGUCCGGACGCUGUUUGUCAGUGGAUUGCCAGUGGAUAUCAAACCUCGGGAACUUUACCUUUUAUUCAGACCAUUUAAGGGAUACGAGGGCUCGCUGAUUAAACUCACCUCGAAACAGCCUGUGGGAUUUGUCAGUUUCGACAGCCGAUCGGAGGCAGAAGCAGCAAAAAAUGCCCUGAACGGCGUCCGCUUCGACCCCGAGAUUCCGCAGACGCUGCGCCUGGAGUUCGCCAAGGCCAACACCAAGAUGGCCAAGAGCAAGCUGGUGGGCACGCCGAACCCCCCGGCACCGCAGCAGAGCCCCGCGCCGCCGCUCGGGAGCCGCGAGACCUAUGAGCUCACUGUACCUGCUCUUUACCCUGGUGGUGCUGACAUCUGGGCACCAUAUCCGCUGUACCCUGCGGAGCUCUCCCCGGCCCUGCCUCCUGCUUUCACCUACCCCUCUGCACUGCAUGCUCAGAUCCGGUGGAUCCCUCCUGCAGAUGGCACCCCGCAGGGAUGGAAGUCCAGGCAGUUCUGCUGAGUGAUGGGGCUCCGGUACAUGAGGGCGUCCACAGGUGGUGCUGAAGUCCAAACGGGAGGUUGUGGCCCCAGUGAACAACAGUGCCAUCCAUCCAAAGGCCCACGGAGUUGGAUUCCAUCAUGAAAUGUGUCCCUCAACUGCACUAGAUGCCACUUCCUGUUUGCAGAGGUGCAUCUUCAACACCCCCAGGGAAUCGGUGGCUGUUUUCUUUCCAUGGAGACACCGUCUGGGAUCCAUGGCAAUGUCUUCCCCUGUGGUCCUGCCAGGCGACAGCCUCCCAAGGCUCCCAGCUCCAUGGUCUAUGACCCCACCCCUUUGAACUCCAAUAAGAGCUCUCCCUGGUCAUUUUUUGUAAUAUUACAGUUAUUGUUACUACUGUUCUUAUUAUGCCUAUUAGGAUAUGUAUUGGAACAUGACUGGCUAAACCAGUACUGUAAAUUUGAAGACAUGAUGAGGAAAACUAGGCGUUUUUGCACCAAGCCAACAUUCUGGAUGGUUCUGUCGUGUUGUGAGUUGGGAUCCCAAAGGACAUGGUGGUCAAGUACAGUACCGUGGUGAACUGGGCAAGAGACAAUCAGCGUUGACAAGACUGGUUCCAGCAAGUCUGACUUCCGCGCUGCUACUACUACUAGUACUACUACUACUACUACUAUUACUACUACUACUACUGUUUGUCAGGUGCCACUCCACUGUUGUGGGCUAUGUUGUGUAAAUGUGCAGGAUUACCGCGAUGCAGAGAUGUUCUCAGAAACAGCCUUGGUGCCAACAGCCCACUUGCCUUAUACUGAUGGAACCAAGUCAUGGAAGACCAGAGCAUCCCAAGGGGGACCGAGUCAAUAAGACCCAGCUCUCCACCAUGUGGACAAACCAUCAACAGAGCGGUCACCAUAGUAACUGCCCAUCACCCAACACAGAGGAUCUCAACCAAAGGUGCAGCAUGUCAGUCUUGCACUAGGGGCAGAUUUAUGGGUCUCGUAUCCGCACCAGCGUUACCAAAAAAGAACCAGUCACUGACCACCUGUCAUCACAGCAAGUAUGAAUAUGAAUGACCAAAGUCAUUUUACACAGUUGAACUCUCUGGCCUGUGGAAGUUCACAGGCCCUCCGGGUUGGUUAACGUCACAUGUUCCACAUUUCUUCUAUGAAAUGUGUCUUUGUUUUCUGUCUUUCUUUUCACGUUACCUCAUCGGAGCCUCAAAGCACCUAAAAAUAGCUUCUUACAGGAAGACGGAUUAAACCCCAUGUGAGUUUCCAUAAUGCACAGCUGGCAUAAAAAUACAUGGAACCGGCACCUCAACUUUACAAACACAAUUAGGAGCUAAAGGUUGUUCAUAACUCAAUUUGGCUGUAACUCCAAAGUUAAGUAAAUCACAACCAAAUUAAAGGUUAAUAAUAUCGUCAUCCCUAAAUUUAUUUACAGGCUGGUUGAUAGUAUUGCCAUAAUAAAUGUAUAAGAUUUUUUAUGAAUAUUCAUUUUAAGUGUCAUUAAAAUGACUGAAAACAAGUUAUCGCCACACACUCCUAUUCAGUGCUGACUGUUCACAGAUUGCUUCGAUAAACGUACAACCUUCCUCAUCUUGUUAUUGUUCACUGACACUCAGGAACACCAGACAGGAGCUGGAAACACUGUGGAAGUGAGGUGUAUUAAGGUGGUCCCAGGGCGCUGUUUUGUGAGUGCAUCUAGUUUUCUCAGCAACACACAAAUUUCGGAAAACUGAUCAGAUAAGAAAAUACCAUAAAAUACGUGCUUAAAGUUGAACAUGUUUGUACCUUUGAAAAUCUGUAACUCGGCUGUUGACAUCCUAACAAGAGGAGUCAGUGUACAUGAGCAGCGAAACCCUGAAACUCGCAUAGUUACUGAUGCAAUAAUUCUAUGAAGAACAGUGGCCGUGGAGCGCGAGUGAACAAAGAGGCAAACCGAGAAGACCUCACCUGUUUCCGCCGCAUUCGUGGGGGUAUCCCAUUCAGGGCCCGCUGUGUGCAGCUUGUUGGUUCAACAGAGCUCGGGCAGGGUCACUGCGGUCUUGCAGGUAGAUGGUGAGAGUCAGGGGCCCCUCUAGUCACGAUCCAAACAGCCUUCAACUGGGACGUCACGGGGUGGUCAUGUGAAUGAAAGCACCGCAAUGAAUCAGUGAAACGUCUCGGUCCGGAUGAGUGUCCCUGCACUGCAGCCCUCGGAGCACCAGUUCAGACAUACAAAGUGGUGAGCUAUACAGUGCGGAGCAUUCAGUGUAAUGAAUAGGCCACAGCUAUAAUAGAUGGACAUGUAUCUGUGUAUGAACUCAUCAUCUUAUAGACGAGUUUUCAGAGGAUCGCGGUGGUUGUGUAGAGCUUUUCGUGGGAAAUUAAUAACCAAACACUGUUUUAUAUCGAUCCAGAAAUGGUUCAUAAUAAAAGAACUAAAAAGAAUAAAAGAUCC